GACUGUGUGCGCUACAUUAGUUUGCGUUGUCGAAUAAUUUGAUUGCAUGGGUCUUGGAAACAUGCGAUAGUGCCCUGUCAUUAGAAGCGCUUAGGGUCGCGGCAUCGUUGGCUGCAACCACCAAACCCCUGUUCCGAUGAUAGACUUACCGGCCCCCAUUUUCCUUGCUUUUGGCGCAGUUUUUCCCACGCCUCUGCCUUGCGACUUAGUCGCACGUAUGUAUGAUACGAUUAAAACUCCGUCAUAGCCCUUUUAACUAAUAGAUGUCGUAUUUAAUCCUUCCCAGCAGAUCCCCACAUUUUCUUAGGUUCCUUGCAUCGACUUUGUUCUUUAUUAGACUAUCAUCUCUAACAAUUUAAAGUUCUCUUGGUUCUAGGGAUUUCGAGUUGCGCAUGUUGCGAGCGUGGCAUUGGGAUGCCAUAAGGCAAGCGUAGAACGUGUAGCAGUCGUGCCCGAUUUUGUCAUUAUUUCUUUGAGUAUUGGACCGGCGCAUAGGUGCUUAGAAAUCUCGUUAGGUUUAUGCUUUCCUCUUUUUCCCUUUUUUGUUCCUUGAAAUACUACCGAUGAGCCCAUCAUGAGGAUAGCCUGCCUACAGUUCGCCCCGCAACUGGGCGACGUCGACAACAACCUCAACCGCGCCGACGCGGUUCUGAGUAAAGCGAAUCCCGAGGACCUUGAUUUACUCGUCCUACCGGAACUGGCUUUUACUGGGUAUAACUUUAAGUCACUCCAAGAAAUAAGUCCCUUCCUUGAGCCUCAGAAUGGCUCUGGGAUAAGUGCACUAUGGGCAAGGACUGUUGCACUGAAGUACAACUGUAUUACAAUUGUUGGUUACCCCGAACAAGCCGAUAUCAAGGCCAAAUGGCCCACCUCGCCAGAGCACUACAGUUCAGCUAUUAUCAUCAACGGCGAAGGCGAGACGAUUGGAAACUAUAGGAAGAGCUUUUUAUACUAUACGGAUGAGACAUGGGCGUUAGAAGGCCAGGAUGGCUUCUGGGAAGGCUACAUCCCAGGUCUCGGGCAUACGUCCAUGGGGAUCUGUAUGGAUGUGAAUCCUUAUAGAUUCGAGGCACCAUGGCAUGCUUUCGAAUUCGCAUUCCAUGUCUUGGAGAUGUCGUCAAACCUAGUUAUACUUACCAUGGCUUGGAAUACUCGAGAGGAUGCUCGGAUGUAUUCUCGCAUGCCGAAUGAGCCGGACCUGGACACCUUGUCGUACUGGAUAUCCCGGUUAGAGCCUCUCAUCCGAUCGGAUAAUGAUGAAGAAAUCAUAGUUGUUUUCUGUAAUCGCACCGGCAUCGAGGGUGAUGUGGUUUAUGCUGGGACAAGUGCUGUAAUUGGGAUAAAGAAUGGGGAGGUCUCGGUAUACGGCUUAUUAGGAAGAGGGACGCGCGAAUUACUAGUCGUUGAUACCGAUGCUGAUCCGUAUGCUAAAUUGGUAUAUCGACCUGAUAAUGAUGCGUCGGGGCUCGUCUCAACCGGCGACGACUCUAAAGCAGAUCCUGCUACAGCAGCAAUCAAGCCAAAAGAGAUGGAACAGUUGAAACAGUCGGCAAAGUCUCAGCCCUCGAGGGAAUAUGAUUAUAAGGAUAUAUCGGCGACGCACUCCAGGAAUACUGGGCCGUCCGCAGCACCCCGGCUGUCCGAUCAGCCAAUAUCUCCACUAAGCGAGACUGCGCUCGCUAAUCAUAAGUCGAUAUCAUCUAGCGGCCGAAGAUCCAGGGCUGGAAGUGAGGCUAGCACAAAAUCCGUCCAAGGAUCGAGGGAUUCGAGGAAAUCGAAGGGCUCAAGCCGUACUAGAGGCUCUCAAGGGUCGACCGGCUCUAAGAGUUCGAGUUCUCCCUCGACCCCCAUAGAAAUACCCUCUUCGCAGCCAGCGCCGGCGAGUGAUACGGUUCCGACUCCAACGGGGCCUAGUCCAACGCCACUGGCGGUCCGACCAAAAUUGAUUAUUCCGAAGGAUACCCCCAGACGGCCCCAUAUUCCAACACCUCAUCCUGCAGCAGCGCAAAAAGGCCAUGCGCGAAUAUAUGGUGGACAUGUUUCGAUACAGCAACAGAACACCAUUUUGACCCCUUCUACUGCCUUUGAUGAUGAGACUAUACCUCCCCAAGUCUACGCCAGGAAUGUUAGUACGCCUAAAACUCAGCCAACUAUUCCUCGGUCGACUGAUCGGCCUAUCAAGCCUAAGGCUGAAGACGGAAAUACACCUGCAAGACCAUCAUCACCUAAAUCACGGAACGCGAGCCGGUCAAGAAACAUGGAUCGCUCAGACUCCGUACUUGGACAGAGGCCCGACCUAGCAGCAAUCUCCCAACGCUUGGAAACUAUGAGUCCACGUCCCAGCUCUGCGGCUGGACAGAGGACGGCCCAACGAAGUCAGGAUUUGCAGAACAAGGGCCCAGAUAGACCCUCUUCACCGAAAUCACGCAAUGCGAGUCGAACUCGCCCCGAAAACCCGAACGCCGCUAGCGAUCCCAUAAAUGAACGACAUUCUAACUUGUCAAGAGGUCCGUCGGCCAUGUUCAGACCGGAGAGUCACAUGAGCAACGUUGAACCGGCUUAUCGUCCCAUUGUAUCGCAAGCCUAUAAGGCCUAUGGAACACCAGUUCCAGAUGCGGCUGGAGCCCGCCCCCAAACCCGCGCUGUCAGCCGUGGCCGACAGCCUGCUGCAUAUGAUGUUGGAAAGUCCAGUCCUAUUCCUGCAAGACGCCCAAGCGCACCAUCCAUUGGCUUUAGAACUCCUGCCGAAUAUGAGGUUGGAAUGAAGCGCAUUUCUCCCGAAUGGGCGGUUACCCAACGGGACUCGCACGCUAGUGGGGAUGACGACGAGAUUGUUGAAGAGAUCAUCGUGCGACGAUCGCCAAGUUGCGCUAUUCAUGCGCAGAACUCUACCUCAGCACAAGUUACCUCCGAAUCACGGAACUCACUAGGAAUACAAAGCCCAAAUGAAAACCCGAACGAAAGCCCAGGCCAGGUCCCUAAUAAUGUAAUAGAGCAGAGCUCAAAUACUUGCGCGUCUUCCGUUGAGACACUUGUUAGCACAAAAGGUUCGCCCGCCACGCCCCAAUUUCUAUUUGAGCCCAAAACUCCGGAGGCUAUGGUUUUUACAAAAAACGAUGAUCGCUUGAUCCCAAUAACACCUCUCUCUGCACCUUUCAUCGCCCCUUUGAGGCUUGCUAAGUGCAUCGGACAGGAGGCAAUUGAUAAGGUUCUUGUCAGGCCAAAAAGCGCUGUUUGGUAG